AUGGAUAAGGGUGUUACGAAUAUAACAACAACUAGUCAACGUACAUUGGAAAUUGGUACUGGUACACCGAGAGAAACUAGUAAAAUUGCAUGGAAGUUGUCAAUGCUACGGUUAUUUUUUUUUACGACGACCACCUUCAUUGUGUUACUAUUACCAUCUAUUAUUACGAUAGUAACUAGUAGUACGUUUUCAACAAACGAAGCUGUAAGUUGGGCUGAAGUAACAGCUUCGAGGUUAGUUAGUUGUUAUUGCAAUCAAUUAUCUGGUUUAUGGAGGAAUGAAUUACCAUGGCAAUCCGGUAAUACAUUGGAAACACUUGCUAAUUUUGUAUCUUUACUAGAUUCACCUCUAAGGUAUGUUUUUUAUCAAACAUUUAUAAAAACAGACAUUUUUGUUGGCGGUAAUUGCUAUGAUGAUCAUCAAUGGUGGUUGCUAGGUUGGAUACAGGCAUAUAGUGUUGAUCCAAAUAUAAAUUAUUUACAUCGUGCAGCAGAUAUCUAUGAUAUCGUUGUAAAAAGAGCAUGGAAUACAAGGCAAUGUGGUGGUGGUAUUCACUGGUGUCCACUGAAUUCGUAUAAAAAUGCAAUCACUAAUGAAUUAUUUUUAAUCAGUAGUAUGCGUUUACAUCCUUAUGCUACACUCCUCGGUAAAUCAUCGACAUAUUAUCUUGAUUGGGCUUUAAAAGAAUGGCAAUGGUUUGAAAAUAGUGGGAUGAUUAAUAAUGACUACUUGAUUAAUGAUGGAUUAAGGUUGCAGUCUUGCCAUAUUAUGAGUGACGCUGCAUAUUUAUUCUGCUACAUUGAACGUUUUUUACUGUCCCAUACUAGAUACCAUAUCUCCGCUAUUGAAUUGGAAUACUGUUUUCGUAAGAAAAAAGCUUGUGAAAAAUUAGCUGUACAUAAUCAAAGUGAGACGAUUAAUCUGUUAACGGAACAAUUCCCUGAAAGAGAUCAUAGGAGAGAUGCAGAUUCUUUAAUCUCUAAAACUUGUGUGAAUAAUAAUGGAACUACAUGGACAUAUAACCAAGGUGUCAUCUUAUCAGGCUUAGCACUAUUAUAUAAUGCUACAAAUAAUGCAACAUUAAUUAGUAUUGCACAAAAGAUAGCCGAUGCAGUAAUACAACGAUUAACAUAUUCAAAUGGUAUAUUAAAAGAACCAUGUGAACCCACGUGUGAUAAUGACCAGAAACUAUUCAAGGGCAUAUUUGUUCGCCAUUUGAGUUAUCUAUUGCUUUAUGUCACCGAUACGUUUCAAAGACAAAAGUAUACUUCAUUUUUACAACAGAAUGCCAUGUCUCUUUGGUCUACAAAUCGAUGUGAACUGGAUGAAUUAUUUGGCUUAGUUUGGAAUAAUGAAUCGUCUAAUAGUUGUGAGUCAUCACGAAAUACUGCUACGACUUCAGCCGGAUUGGAUCUGAUGAUAUCUGUUGCAAGAGUCGAACCGCAAACAAUAACAUCAUCAAACUGGAUGUUACUCGGUCUAGGCAACUGUGUAGAUUAUGAAAACUUCACUAUGCCAAAUUUUUACAGAAAUGAAGUUAACGAAAGUGUCUGUCGUAUGACAGCAAACGAAGACAGUGGCGCGGUUGCAUAUGAUUAUCACUUAAACUGUAUCGGCGUGGGGUUCUGUCGUAUACGUACAUUGUCUGAUCGACAUCAGACACCUUCAGGAUGGACAUAUGAAAAUGGAACUGCACGCUAUGUUACAUGUACUGAUAAAAUGGCACUUGCAAACUGUUUUCUAAGAAGGAAUCAGACGUCACGAUAUUAUUUACUUAAAAAUUAA